CACCGUCCUUUGCUGCUGAGGGCACCACAUCCCAUGAGAUCGACUGCAAAUUGCUAUGAUGACGAAACCGACUUGGUUGUUCCUCUCCGGAAGGAGGAGGAUUGUAUGUCGCUAUCUCUGAGGGCGCCUUACCUGGAGACCGUUUCAGCUGGGCCCUUGAGAAAGACGGCAUAUUGGCUGGUGAUUAUACCGGGGUAUUCCUCUAGGCUCUGGAAUUGGAUCGAGAUUCACGAUAAACUUCUUCUGGGGAGUCUCACGGGCGGCCAGGCUGCGAUCCAUGUCCAGGUAAGCUCUCGAUCAUUUAAGCCCUUUCAGGCGUUAGGUUGCUCCCCAUUCGCCCUGGCGCCCUGUCAGCACGCCUGAAUGGUCCUUGGAACCUGGUUAGCCCCUUUGUUCUUCCGUCCUGCUAGCUGUUUCUCAGAUUCUUCGUCAAGCAGGCUCCUCCUCAGCCCGCUUCGGCUGGGGGGCUUUGUCACAGUGCUCCUCGCUCUCCCUUCAUGAAGGUUUGACACCAGGCCUUGGGCCUCGUUCCUUUUCUGCUCGUUGACAAGAACGCCCCCGAAUCUAACCAGGACUGCCACUGCACACAUGCCAUGGGCCAUGGCCAGUCACUAGGAUCGAUCCAACCCGCUUUUUUAUGUACCAGACGGGCCUCCGUAUUGACUGAUCGACGGAAAUCAGAUCCGUGGCCGUCUCAGUCGCCAGGGCGGGUGGUGGUGAGCGUAAUUUGGCGCACUGUCAGGCCACAUGUGGCGCAACGGGUCGAGACAUUUUCAGACUAUUUUCCCUUGCAGGCCAAAUGGGCGUCCUGAUUUCUCUCACCAGCAGGCCCAUGCCAUUGCGGGGAGGGCCAGCAAGUUGUCCCAGUCACGCAGUGGCUAAGACCACCGCAUCGCAAGGCUUAUUAUGCGAGGCAAGAAUGCCGGCCGCCUUUGAAUCGUCCUUGCCUUUAUUGUUCAUCGGGUUCCUGAAUACCUGAAUACCUGCUCAAAAGCAGACAAAGAUCCAUCGAUUGAUUCUUUUCCAUCCAGCGACUAUCCACAAUGUCGCGCGCUCUCGGUUUCAGCGGGAGCCCGUCUCCCACCUCCUUGGCCGAAGCGUGCAAGUUAGCAUGGCAUACCUUUUACGGCAUGCAGAAGGCGUCCGAAGACUUUGAGAACCUCCGGUUCGAAGUCUGGACCAUUGCCAUCAGCCUCGACUCUUUACACAGCGUCGGGAGCACUUCCCUGCUCAUAGAUCGACAACCCGACCACAAACGUUGGGCCUUGACCUUCUCCAAGAUCUUGACCUCGCUGAACGGUGCCUUACGACCAUUGUACAACCUGGUCAAGUUGUACCUCUCCACCUCGACCAGGGAUCGCACCGCUGUGAAGCAAUGGCUUACCAACACAGACAUGAACUACGAAGGCCUCACCGUGCAGGAUUUUCGACGGAAACUGUCCAUGCUGGUGGAGAGCCUCAAUGUAUUUCUUUCCAGUCUGACGCAUGCCGAGCUCGCUCGAGCCAGAGCCGCCAGCGAAACCGAAGAAUACAGAGUGCUCUCGGAAGUCACAAGGAACGUCCUUCAGAAGUGGGACCAAGACCGGUCGAUCGCGGGGGCCCACGACGCCGACCGAGCGGUCAAAUCGAUCGAGACUGUCGCCUUCGUCAGCAACAACUUGCAGCAGGAAAGCAGCACGUCUUCGCUGCGUGGGGAUUCGGCGAGGCCCAGGCCGCAGGAUGAAUACCCCACGCUCUGGCCUACACACCAGAGACCUGAGCAUCACGGCGGCCUGGUGGGUCACUCUGCCGAGACGUUGAACCUGGACGGCAUCGAAACCGGGUUCCGCAAGCACAUGAACGCCAUGCGUCGCAUUCGGGAACAGCUUCGCCUCCAGAAGGAGAACAAACACCAUCUCUCGGACCAAAAGUCGACACAUUUCCCCGAAGUGCACGGUGAGACCCCCAUUACUCCCAUCACGCCUUCGCAUCGCGCCGCCGCAAUGCCCGAGCCCAACCCGUCGUCCGAUUUGGUUUCGGACCACGGAUACACGUCGAGCAGUGGGAUAAGCUCGGCGCAGACCUCCGAGACCGGCAGUGUGAUUUCUGGCGGCGGCCAGGAGGACAGACCCGAAGGCCUCUUGCCGCCAUCGAGGACGGCGAACCAUACGCGGUCGUCGUCGGGGGAUCUUGGGAGGAAGCGGGUGCGGACGCAGGACAUCCACCUCGGCAAGGACAGCGACGACUGGCAGCGGCACCGCAAGCCUCGCAAAACGGCGUUGGAGGAAAUGCUCACUGCCGCCUUGUUCUUCGACAGUUGAGAGCCGCAUGACGCCGUGAGCCGGAAGGGAAGGACGGUAUAGAGGACAGGGCUGCAAAGUAAGUGGGACGGACAGAUCCGUGGUGCCGGGGCGGAUCAAGGGGCCAACACGCAAGUUACGAUGGUGGGGGGGGUUACUUUUCACGUCAUCGCAUUGUCCACGGCGUUCUCUUUGGUUUCGGG